AUGUUUAAGGAUCGGGUGGUGCCGCCUAACGAUGAAAGUAGAAGUGGAGAGAAAGCGACGAGCAGGAACGAGCGCUUGAGUAAUACCACCGACAAGACAAAGAGCAGUAUCCCUACCGUCACAGUCAACCUACGAGCGGGCGGCGUCUUGCUCUGGGUUCCCGGCUCUUUCCCACAGGCCAUGAUCAGGUUCGAAGUCGAGUUCAACACAGACUACGGUUAUGGUUUUCGCCCUGAUGAUUUUGAUCGCCUAUCCAACUUCCCCUCCGGCACGCUAUUCCAUCCGAUUCUUCUAGAUCUGGACCGUCGCUUGCCGCUUGUCGACAACGUGUUUCUGACAGACGAAGGAGAGCCAUAUCCACACUUCAGUGUCGAUUCAUUCGAUUCUCUGGAUAACGUGCUAGAAAAGAUGCGAAUAUUUUCACGCAGUGGAAAUGAUGGCUCGUGGGAAGACAUGCUGUUGUGUGUGCCAGCGCAGCCGCGCAUCAACUUGGUCUUCGACUAUACGUAUUAUGAUUCGCGUCGGAAUUAUGCGCUUCUUGGAGAGAGUGGAUGCGGGGUUACUAUGGGUCAGUUUGUGAGGGCUUUCCGCGAUCAGUUAGAACAUAUCGAAGAAGACUAUAAAUCUAGUACCCCAGUGUCGCUAUCCCUCCUAUCAUCAAUUCCAAUCCACUCUCCAAAAGACGACACCACCCAAAGAUACAACAGCAUGCAAGGAAAUACUCAAGACUCCACGGAAAAAGUCACCCCAGACAUGCGGAUUGGUAGCGUAGUCCCGGACGCCCCAUCUGAAAUUAUUCGGAAUGAGGCUGACUCAGAGGACGAGAAGGACGACAACAUGGACGAUACGAUUACCGACAGUAAUGACGAUGACAGCGAUAUUGCCACAAUUAAAGUGAACCUCAGAACGGAGAUCAGAGUCCAAAGCCUCCCCGACUCUUUCCCCAGGACUGUGAUAGUCCUAGAAAUCGACUUCAACGAAAUGGAAACAAAUCCCUUCCACCUCGUUGAGAUUCCUCGCGGUACGGAGUUCCAUGAGAUUAUUGGAAAUAUGGAGCGGUGCAUGCACCACGUCGACGAACGCUUAUUCGACCGAGUAAGGCUGCGAAACGCUGGUAAACCACGACCCUGGUUCGAAUUUGAAUCUUUCCAACACCUGCGAGCUCUGCUGGAAGACAGCAAAAAUAACUCCGGGGCUAAUGACGGUGAUUGGAUGGACCAGCUCUUGUUUGGGCCAGGUCUUCAGAGAAUCGACGUUUUGUUCAAAUAUAGGGCUUACAGGAACACGGGCCGCAAGUACGAGCUCACCGGCGAGAAUGGGAAAGAUGUCACUGUCGGCCAGUUCGUGAAAGCUUUCCGCGAUCAGUUGCAGCACACCGAGGCAGACAUACGGAAGUUUUCUGGAGAGCUUUCCCUCAUCUGCAACGACUGUUUCGGUAAUGCUCUAUGA